AUGAUAAAAAUUGUACCACUUGGAGCUGGUCAAGACGUUGGCCGCAGCUGUAUUCUCGUGUCAAUGGGUGACGAUAGUACGGGUGUAAAAAAUAUAAUGUUCGACUGUGGGAUGCACAUGGGAUAUAACGAUGAUAGAAGAUUUCCAGAUUUCACGUAUAUCUCUAAGUCAAAACGCUUCACUGAACAGCUGGAUUGUGUGAUCAUCAGUCACUUUCAUUUAGAUCAUUGUGGGGCACUACCGUUCUUUACCGAGAUGUGUGGGUACGAGGGCCCUAUUUAUAUGACUCAUCCAACCAAAGCUAUCUGCCCUAUUCUGCUUGAAGAUUACCGAAAGAUUACCGUUGAACGGAAGGGCGAGACAAAUUUUUUCACGUCGCAAAUGAUUAAAGAUUGCAUGAAAAAAGUUACCGCCGUAAACCUUCACCAAACAAUUAAGGUUAAUGACGACGAGGAUUUGGAAAUUAAGGCAUAUUAUGCCGGUCACGUUCUUGGCGCAGCAAUGUUCUAUGUGCGCGUUGGCACAAAGUCAGUUGUUUACACUGGAGACUACAAUAUGACUCCAGAUAGACACCUCGGUGCAGCAUGGAUUGACAAGAUCAGACCAGAUGUCUUAAUUACCGAAUCCACUUAUGCCACUACGAUUCGUGAUUCAAAACGAUCACGUGAACGGGAUUUUCUGAAAAAAGUACACGAUUGCGUUUCACAAGGUGGUAAGGUUUUGAUCCCCGUGUUUGCGCUCGGUAGAGCUCAAGAACUUUGCAUUUUAAUUGAAACAUACUGGGAAAGAAAUAAUCUCAAUGUACCUAUUUACUUUUCCGCGGGUAUGACGGAAAGAGCCAAUGAUUAUUACAAACUCUUUAUCAACUGGACUAAUGAAAAAAUCAAAAACACCUUUGUAAACAGAAAUAUGUUUGACUUCAAACACAGUAAACCUUGGGAUCGACAAUACAUGGAUUUACCGGGACCUGCUGUACUAUUUGCAACACCUGGCAUGCUUCAUAUAGGAACGUCUUUAGAAGUAUUCAAGAAAUGGGCACCAUACCCCGAAAAUAUGGUCAUCAUGCCCGGUUUUUGUGUAGCAGGAACAGUUGGUGCCAAGGUACUUGCUGGUGACAAGGAGGUUCAAGUUGAUGCUUAUAAUAAAGUUCAGGUCAAACUGCAAGUAAAGAAUUUAUCAUUUAGUGCUCACGCUGAUGCAAAAGGAAUAAUGCAGCUGAUAAAGCAUUGUGAUCCUAGAAAUGUGGUAUUGGUACACGGGGAGAAAGCGAAAAUGGAAUUUUUGCAGGACAAAAUUAGACGCGAGUGCCGAAUCCCUUGUUAUUCUCCCGCAAACGGGGAGACUUUAACAAUAGAAACUCCGCUAUCCAUUCCGAUUGAUAUCUCGGUGGACCUGCUCAAACGUCAUAUGUCUGCUCAGAAAAUACCAUUACCAAUAUCUGGUGAUAAAAUAGACGUAACAAAAAUCAAACCGGUGGAUGAAAUAUCAAUUCAGGGCGUUUUAAAAAUGGAGCAAGAUCAAGUUCCACGUUUGAUGGAUAUUGAUGAAGCUGUCCGUGAUGCACGGAUACGUCUAUUCGAAAUUGAUUUUAACAUACUUAAAAUAUUUGACCCUAAUCAAUUGCAAGAUACUGAUUCCGGAAGAAGUGAUAUAAGAAUUAGGGCUUUGGAUCGUGUAUACGAAUCCGUUAAAAAAGCUAUCGAGAAAGAUUUACCAGACAUUGAAUUGUUCAAAGACAUUUCUCAGUUUAGGGUAAAAAAUGUAUUAAUUAGCAUUCCGGAUGAAAGUUCAAAAAAUGCAUUAAGUGUUUCCUGGAACUCAAAGGACCAAAGUUUGGCAGAGUACUUAAUCUCAAUCAUUGACGAUGUCCUUCCUGAGCCAAACCCUUUUUCGGACGAUUUUAUGGGCAGUUAA